AAUUAGAUAAAAAAUAACAAUGUACUAAAUUAAGCUGAAAAUAAUGCACUCUUUGGGUGCGCGCUGAGCAGGAACCGUUGAGUCAGAAACGGAGAUGGCAGGUCAGAGCUUAAAAUUUUUCUCAGUCAUAAAAACACAUGCAAGGCCUAAACGAUCAAACCCCAGCCAAGUAAGAAAAAGGAUGCAUAAGUAACUUAAAAGUAAUGUAAGUAUUACUUUCCAUGAAAAGUAACUAAGUAAUGCAAUUAGUUACUUUUUGGGGGAGUAAUUUAAUAUUGUGAUAGCACUUCUCCUUGACAAAACCAUUAACCAAUUUCAUAAGUAGCCUAUUUUCAGAGGGUCUGUUAAGCAAUAAAUUACCAUUGAACAGGAAACAACCAAUAAAUAAGACAGGCCUUCCUGAUAUUGUCAAAUAGGGGAUACUUUAUUGUUGAAUCUGGGACAACUUCCAAUCAACCAAUCAGAUUUGAGGGAUAAGUUUACAGUUAUGGAAAGUUUACAGCACCUGUAUUUCUCUGGUUGGGUCUGAUCACAUUUGGGGUAGAGAUAGUUUUCAAACAAUCUAAGUUGGUGGAACAUCACUCAUUGGCAAAAUCAGGUCGAGCUGAUUUUUUUUGCAAUACAACAACAAUACAAUGAGAAACAUGCAAUUAAACAAAAGUAUACAAUUUUUACACAGUCAACAAGCCAGCGUUGAUAAUAAAUAAAUUAACAAAGAAAGAAAAAAACGCUUAGGCUACAAGACUUCGUACUUGUACACCACCGUACAUUGAGGGUCUAAACGGUUUAGUCUAGUUAUUAAAAAAAAUCUGCCCUGUCACAAGUUCAUAACAUCUCCCUGUUAAAACCUCGCGCAUCUGUAGGUGUGUUCGAAUAGAUGCGGCGCUGCGCAUACUGAUGACAUCCGGGUUCCGCGAGAGUGAAUCAAAAGCUGCGCUCCGGAAUCGCUCUCGCGGUCCUUUGAUGUCACAAGCUGAUCUGUCUGCGCAGCCCCGCAUUAAGUUAAACACACCUUACAUCUGCAAUAUUAUGUAAUCAUAAUAUUGUUAUUAUAAUGCAGCAUAGCCCCAGUACCUCACCCCUGUUUUUAUAAUUGAAUUAUCUUUAUUAUAAUUGAAAGUAAUGAGGUUAUUAAUCUCAGUAAUUUGGAUCAAGAUAGUUGCUGUAUGCUGCCUGUAGUCCGGGUACCGGGGGCUAGUCACUUCCUCGUCCUGCGGAGAGGAUAAAGCAGUGACGUACUGUUGGUCGCUACACCGCUGCAGAGGGAAACCUGUCCGCCGACCGGGACAAACGUCGAGAGCACAUCUAGCAAACACACAUCACAUACUUAAAAGUGGGCGGCCCGUAAUACUCACGCGCGCAGAAUGCUAUAAUGUUUUGCCCUGAGCCACGAGGAUAGGCUGGCGGUUCAACGCGGCGCUCUACCGGGGGAUCGCGCGGAUUUGACCGACUCCUCCCGUUACCGGCAUUCUCUCUGUGUGGUGCAUCCGCGGCGAUGUCAUUGGUAAGAGGCGACGAGGAGCAGCGAUGGGUGCCAACGCACGUGCAGGUAACCGUGCUGCGGGCCCGAGGGCUCCGCGCGAAGGGCAAACACGGUACCAGCGACGUUUACACCAUCAUCCAGCUGGGCAAAGAGAAAUACUCCACGUGCGUGAUGGAGAAGACCACGGACCCCGAAUGGGGUGAAGAGUGCUCGUUUGAGCUGCAGCCGGGUAUACUGGAGGAGGGAGGGCGAGAUGCGUACCCGCCCGGUAGUGGAGACCUGACCCUCACCGUUAUGCACCGAGCUCUCAUAGGACUGGAUGUCUUCCUUGGCCAAGCUGUUAUACAACUGGAUAAAGCCUUCCAGGAACGGAUAUGCAAGAAAAAUCAGUGGUACCGGCUGCAUUCUAAAACCGGAAAGAAGGAGAAGGAACGCGGCGAGCUUCAGCUGAACGUGCAGUUCACCCGACACAACUUAACGGCCAGUAUGUAUGACCUGUCCAUGAAGGACAAACCUCUGUCUGCUUUUGACAAGCUCAGAGAACGCAUACGAGUUAAGAAGCGGUCCAACGAAGAAGAUUCUUCUUCGGCCAUCGUCGCCGGGGGAUACGGAUCACUGGUUCGGGUGCGGGGGCGUUUGCCGAGCGAUGGGGGCGGUGAGGAAGACUAUGAGGAUGAUGAAGGUGGGGAGGCCCGGAGGAGUAAGAUGAGAAGUUUUUUCCUACGUGGGAAGUUGAGGAAGUCCUCAGACACGCGAUCCAGCACAUCACUGGGCUCCGAGAGCAGCGAGUCUUCAUCGCGGGGUGGCAGCCUCAGCCCGACAGCAGGCAUCAGUGUUGUUGUUUCAGAUCUGUCCAAUUCUCCAAGUAAUAGCAGUAACCUGACUGCAGACAGUCCAGAUCACACAGUGGCUCCCUCACCGCAGGUUUCUCCUGUCAGACAUAUGUAUACUAAUGAGAUGUGUGACUUCAGCCUACCAGUGCCUCAUCCUAUGUCGUCCGAAAAAGACACCCUGAUUCUGCUUCCUUCAGUGUGUCUCAACGGGAAUCCAGUGGAAACGUCCCCUCUUACUCAUCACCCGCCAUCCAUCAUACUACAGCAACCUAAACUAGAGUCAACCAAACCAGAAACUCAGUCAGGUCAACCACAAGCGGUCGAGCUGCCAGCUCAGCCCAAGAAAACCCAACCGACAGAGCCAAAAUCCCAAACUAGUACUGAGAUCAAGCUUUCCAAAACUGCGUCAAAGCCAAGGCCUGAGCCCCAGCUUUCAGCUCUCGGGCUGAUUCCGAAGGGCUCUAACCUUUCCCGUUCCUUGCAAAACCUCUCCCCCCGUGUUGAAGAAAGGCAAAACGGCGGUCCCGCUGAUGGACGCCGCUGGUCUUUCGAUAAACCCGGAGAGGAGGAGAAAGCCGCCAUCGUAGCAGCAUUAGAGUCUGCUGGGAGAGUUACAAAUGAGUCUGUGAUGGAAACAGUAAAACCUGUUGGAGAGAGAGAGACUCAAAGUAAAAAGAGGAAGGGCCUGUUCUCACAUGGGAAAGGUGAGUCUCCUGGGAAAGGACCAAUCAGAAGCAAAGAGGAAGCAGAACAUGCUCAACAACUUGUCGAAGGCAAACACAAAGGAUGGUUCAGCUCCAAGGACGCGCACAGUAAACCCAGCACGCUGGUGUCUCCUAAAUCAGAUUACCAUUGUCCCAUUGCACCCUUUACCUUCAGUGACCCUUCACAGAACAUGGAUGACAAACACGCUAUACCCCCACCCUUUUCUGAAGCCAAUCCCCUUUUCCCACCUGUAGAGCAGGAUCUGUUCUUCCAGGAGUUUCCUUCUGAUAUUCCUUUAACUCCUGCUGUCCCCACUCUCUCUAGCUCGGUCCACUUUCAGUCUGAGUCGACUUCAUCCUGGUUUGAUGGUAAUCUUACCCCUGAUUUGCUAAGGAUUGACAUAAAUGGACACUCAGGGAUAUCCAAAGAAAAUGUCCCGAUUGAUUCUUUUAUUUCUAACUUGGAGACACAGACGGAUGAAGAUGACUUUGGAAUGUUUGCUGAGGACAGAUUGAAGUCUUCAGAGAAGGUCAAUGAAACAGAGAAUUUUGUUACAACCCCUACUGUCCUUAUGAAACCGAAUAAUCAAGAGCCCUCAGGUGAUUUGGAUAGUUUAACUAUGCUGGAUACUAAGGACCUGACCUAUUUAGAGAAAACUGCUUCAGCAGGUACUUCAACUGGAGAGAUGUCUAAGGAAACUCCUGCUCACACACCUCAAGUUUCAGGAAGUGAAGGUAAUUCUAACUCUAACAUGCCUGAUCUCACCGGUCCCGAGGUGUUUGGCUUCCCAGGAUUUGCUCCUGAUGUAUCUGAAAUCUCUUUACCUGAAAAUUCCAGUUUGGAGUUUUCCGAACUCAAUGCACUCGCACGACCUUAUCCUGUGCUGCCACAUGUCUCACAGAACGCUCACACGGCCACUGAAGACCAUCCUGAGAUUCGCCUGACCUCUCCAAAUGCUCAAUCAUCUGUCACACAACCUUCAUUAGGAGAAGCAGAAUUUUUUUCCACUAAACUAAUCACCAGUGAGUUAUCAGAAGAUGCUGGUGUAACUCCUGAAGUAUCAAAAGAUGUAGAGUUUCCUAAAGAUAUGAAAUCUGUGGAGGAUCCUGUACCAUGCUCUACAGACGUCAGCUCUGGUGACACCGAGGAGCAAUCCAAAGUGACAUCUGAUUCCACAAGCAGAGAAUUAGACCACCAGCCUAUUGAUCCUUGUCAGUCUCCAAAGAGCGACAUUAUUCCAAAUAAUAUAAACCAUUCGAAUGAAGGGUUUUUGGAAUCAAAUGCCUCACUUAUUGACUUCACUGAGCCUUCAGGAAUCCACAUUUCAUCAGCACUUAGUUCCCCAAUGUCAGCAGCUUUGCUAGUACCGAUGAAGAAUGACGAUAAUUCAGGUGCAGUUACGAACACAAAGACUCAAAAUGAAUCAAAAGAUGGCCUUUUGGAAAUUGAAGAAAAGGAAAUCUCUGUUCUGGGGAAUCUAAAUGAUAUCCCUUCCUCCCCAGCACUUUCAAAAGCAGUAUUUGAUAAUAUAAAUGUGGAUGAACAGAAAGCCUGUGAAUUUCCAAAUAGUCCAUCCAAGGACGUUUUAACAGACGACGUACUGUCUAACAUUGAUGGAGGACAGGAAGUGAAACAGUCUAAUGGACAGGCAGUCCCCGUAGGACAUUUUAAUCCCAACAUUGGAGUUAAAUUGGAGACCAGUGAAGAUUUAUUUAUUCCAGACUCAGGAAGUGUGCUCUUUCACACCAUGGACAAAAGUGCAGAUUCUGAACAGUACCUCACUUGCGUAUCUCAGCGGGAUUCAAUAUCCCCCUCCCUAGAGCUUACUCAGGAUGCAAUGCCGGAGCGUGAUCAAUCUGGGGAAGACGCUUCCCAAUUUGGACCUUUGCCAAACCAUAUCGCAGUCCCAGAUAUCAUGCCUAAGAAUGACACCUCUAUAAAUGAUUGUGAGCCAAAUCAGGUUACAGUCGAACAUUUAAAACCUCAGAAAGCCUUGCCGAAAAAUGGAGAUGUUCUGCUGAAUAACUGCGAACCUUCAGUGGACAUUCCUCAGAAUGCCUCACCAAAAGAUAUGAUGCCAAAAAUGGAUAUCUCACAGGAUCUGAUAGCAGAACUUGAAGCACAGCUCGCACCCUUAAAAACUGAAACAUGUCUGAUAGAUAACUGUGAAACUUCUCCAUUUGAACUAAAUACUUUACACAGCGAGCAAUCAGCUAGGCGUGAAUCCGAGGUAAAAUUGCAUUUCAUAGAUUUUACCGAUCCGAAUGUUUGUGUAUCAAAUACUGCAUCCGAGCAAACAUCUAGCAUCACUCAGGACCUGGUUAUAACAGAUUUGAAUCUGCAGAACAUUUUUGUUCCCCAGCACAACACUUGUCCUGUCACACGCCCCGAAUCUGCAGAGACACGCAAUGGCCUUGAAUCGCACAUUAAACCAGCAGAGAGUCUAAAUAAAAUGCAUGUAACACCAGCUGUGACACCUGAUUUAUUCUCUGUUAACUGGCCUCCUUUAUCUCAGCAACAUCCAUCUGCCUUUGACCCUCAGACACUGGCUUCAACAGAUAAUCAUAGCCCUUACUUUCCAUCAUCUGUGUUUGACCUUUCACCUGUAGCUUCCUCGACACCGCAAGUAGCGGUGGGCAGUAAUGCGUGGCCCGAGCAAUUUCCCUUUCCCAUAAUUCCCCCCACCGCAGAGGAGUUAUGGCCAGAUCCAGCAUUUACUGCUUCAAAUAAUCAUUUUCUCCUGGAGAAAACACAGACGACCAAUCUUCAAAGCAGUCCACAUCCGGUGAAGCCAUUGACACCCCCUGAUGACAAAAAAUCUGAGGGUCGCUCAGUACUGGACAAGCUUAAAUCCACCAUCCACUCAGGACGAAGCCAUCAUUCGGACCAAGAAGCUGACAAGAAGCUGCUAGUGGAGGGAGGUGGGUCAUACUAUCAUCUAAAUCACAGCGAGCUGGUCAAUUUAUUGAUCCAGAGAGAUACUGAGCUCAAGCGGGAGAGAGAGGAGUUUGAGAGGAGAGGGACGCUGCUGGAGAAGCGCGAGAUGGAGCUCAAGAAGAUGAAAGUUGUCAUCAGAGAUCUAGAGGACUACAUCGACACACUGCUUGUACGCAUAAUGGAGCAGACGCCUAUGCUGCUGCAAGUCCGCUCCAGGAUGAAAUGAUAAAAGAUACGCUCCACGAAUCCUGGGCGGACGUCACAACCCUGCACUGCUACAGCAACCAUAUUAAGUUAGAGUUACAGCUGGUGUUAGUUGAUGGUUAGGUUUAGCAGGUAUGCGUUGAUGGUUAAAGAUUGUCACUCUCUUCUGCCGUACUUGUUAGCUGAUAAACACUGUGUACCAACAAAUUAUUUAGACACAUCACAGUCCAGCUAUGUACCAAAAUCACCUGUCGGUCUAAAGGAAAGAAGUCUUCCAAAGUCAGAGCGAAUGGUUAGAGAUGCACGAAGAAAAACAUUGACUUAUCUUAUGUUUUUCCAUCACAUUUUGACGUGUUAUGCUCAGCUGGUUGAUGAAAGAAAGCCAGAGUAAGAUCUUUAAAGCGCAGAAUCAGCCAGUUUCAAAUCUGCUUGUGCCUCCCUAAAUGUCUUCCGCACUUUACUUAAGAGCUUAGGAGCAGAAGCUCACACUAACUGACCUUCUAGCUCCAGUUUUGUGGGUCAGUGUCCUUCCUCUCCCAUGUCCUUGCUCGAGCCAAUGCACGCACAUCGCUGCCAGUGCUUUCAGGUGUGAUGAAUGGGAUAUAUACUGUAUUCAUUGCAUAUAUGCCCCUUGGACAAAUGCCAAACGCUGCCUUAUCAUACAGUAUUUCCUCUAUUCUGUUGUCGCUGAAGUCAUCACUUUAAUUAGAUUGCACAUCAUAUUACAAUACAAAGGCGAUGAAGUGUUUAAAGUAUAACUUUGCCAAGACUGUUAAGUAUAGAAAAGAACAAAUUGCGAGUCUGUAAUAGUAAAAGAGAGAAUGAUAACCAAUGCUCUAAGUUAAUGUUACAGUAUUCCCAAUACAGCGUUGGCUCUGGCCAGUCAAUGUUUCUGUAAUGAUAUUCUGAUGUUGCCACUAUCAGUGUUGUCACUGUACAAAGUAGCACUAUUAUGUGUAGAUACUGUAUGUGAUAGAGGCAUAUGUCACAGCACUUUUACAGUUGUUCUUUCUCAUCCGCUUAGAAAGUACACAGUGGAAAACACAUGCACAGAAUAAUAGUCCUCUAAACACAGUGUUCAUGUGCUACUUAAUCUCUGAUAGCCCUGCUAGGAAACUCAACAUUUAUCAAUGAUAUAUAUCUGUGAUGAGAAGCACUUAAAAUGUGUUCUGCCACCCAUGCAACCUUAAGUUUGUCACAGACUACUGAGAGAUUCGUACGUUUAUGAAUGUUCGUUUAUUAACGCUUAACUUAAAAGUUUACAAAGAGUAUGUUGUUUUAAUGCAAAUAUUUAUUGUUUUGUUUGUUUUAAAUAUAUAGUUUGUUUCUGAAGUUCUGUUCAUUGUUUGCUUGUUUGCUUUAAAUGCAACCUUUGUUGUUAUGCUGGUUGUGUACAUAACAUUUUGUUAUUUAGCCCAGGUUUCUAUUUCUAAAGGUCAGUAGUAACAAAGCAAUAGAUGUGAAGGCCAGGCUUUUGCAGAAUUUUAGAGAUUAAUAGUUUUCUAGGUUUAAACUGAUGGGGUGUGAUACGUUUGUGUUGGUUGCUAUGCCAGUUUAUACAAAAUGCUCAUACACACACAGCCUGCAGCCUAGUGAGGAGAUAUGUUCAAGUGCCCUUGGCUGAAUGUUAUCAUGGAAUGUGUCUAUAAGAAUGAGUGUAGAAGAAUAUUUGUAUGAUUUUAAUGGUGAAAUUGAUAAUCAAAGCUACAUUUUAUGUAGUACAAACUCUGGAACUUCCAAAUAAAAACUUGUGUUUACUAUACUACACUUAUUUCUUUUUUAAAGGUCUAAAGUUGUUUAUUUUAAUGUAUUUGAAGAAUUUGUUUUAAAGAAAGAGUUGCAAAAGUUUUACUUACAAAUUAUGGUAAGCAGUGGAUUCAAUUAAAUGAAAUUAAAUGUCAGUGGAUUCCUGUCAUAUAAUCAAAAUUAGAACAUCUUAAGUAAAUCUUGCAUAUUCGGUAGCACCAAAAUUUUUCAAGCUCUUUGAGCUGCUGUUUGAUGAGAUGUGGAGGGUGUAGUUAACCGAGUGU